UUUUAAGGAUCCAAAAGUAAAGUUGCUACAACUGAAGUCUUGAGGGGAGUUGGGAUAGCAUUAGGUCUCCUAGCAACUGGAAGAGCAGUGAAACAUGGCGGAAGACAAGGAUACCGCAGACGCAAUACUUGCUGCUGUUCAGAAAAAGAUCAGCGGCGCUUUUGACGUGUUUGACCACGAGUCCAACAAGACGGUGGAUGUGAGGGAGGUUGGUACGAUUAUACGCUCACUUGGCUGCUUUCCUACAGAAGGGGAACUGCAUGAUAUAAUAGCAGAAGUAGAGGAGGAAGAACCUACAGGAUACAUUCGGUUUGAGAAAUUCCUGCCAACGAUGACAAAAGUGCUAAUGGAGCGGAGGUACAGACCUAUUUCUGAAGAUACUCUCCUGCGAGCUUUCGAGGUUUUAGAUCAUGAUAGAAAAGGAUACCUUGAUCCUGAAGAACUCACAAAAUUCAUGUCUGAAGAAGGAGAGCCAUUCACACAGGAGGAAAUGGAGGAGAUGCUUUCUGCUGCUGUUGAUCCAGACAAAAAUGUGAUUUUUUACAAAGACUUUGUGGGAAUGAUGACCAUAGAAGACAACUGAAGUUUUAAAGUUUUAAAACUAGUUUUAUGACAUACAUGACAGAUAUAACAUUUUAUGAGACCUAGAAUGGCACAGAACAUUUCAGUUCUUACUAACCUGAAUAAAAGCCUUAUUCUGCCUUGCUCUGAA